AUGGUAGCUUGGGCAGCUUUAGGCGCAAUGGGAACAAAAGCAUUAGCAUUUGGAGCAAAAGCACUUGGAGCUUAUGACGCAGUAAAUAAAAUGAGUGGAGGAAGGGUUUCGAAGACAUUAGAUGCAAAUAAAGGGAAGAUUGGAGGCUGGGUUGCAAAGAAGUUAAGAUUAAAUAAAAUAGGGCUCAUAAAUAAAGCAUCCAAUUUGGUUGCGACUGAGUCAGAAAAUGCUUUAGGAAAGGACGAUGAGUUUGCAAAACACGCAAAAGACUUUAAUGACCAGAUGAAAGGUGAAACAAUGCAUUUAAAUAGAUUCGAUGGAACUAAAGAAAAU